AGCCUAUGAGCACAGAAAGUCCUGAUCCUCAUGUUUCUCUGCUGUCACCUGUGGGCUCCUCCAGAGCUGUGAAGAAGGGGGAACUCCAGCCCCACCAUGAGAAGACUGGGUCUUCUGCCCAUGGCGACUCCACCCAUGUGAGAGCUCUCUUGUGUGAGUGCCCAGCAGCACACUUUGCUGCCUGUGGUCUGUGGACGUUGACUGGCAUCUAAGCAACAGCCCUCCUCUCCCCCUAGACGCCACUGUCCUAGAGCCUGCAUGUGCAUUUGCUAUGACAUACAUCAGUGUUGAUGAGAGACAGGAGCACUGCCGGGUGAUCUCGAGCUGCCAAAAUAAUCAGCUCUGUGCACAACAUGGCUUAAAGGAUUUUUCAGUUAGCAGCAUGCAUCCACUAAAGAACCUAGACACUGAUAUUUUUUCUGGGGACUUCCACACUCUUGCCUGCCACACAGGCAAGGCAUCUUUGGCCAGUCCCAUGGAAAACCGGAUGUAUCGGAGUGUGGAAAACCUACACUGGGCAACAGUUGCUGACUGUGGGCUGUAUUCUCACUGCCGGAGCCUGGAUAACGAGAUCAUCUUUCGCUAUAGAGGCACCAGUCAGUGGACAGAAGGCUGUGUGGAUGUGACCCCAGUACAGAGCACAUCAGACUCUCUGAGGAACCUUUCUCUCCGUGCUAAACAGACAUCUCGAUCCGCACAGAAUGUGCUCCUCCCUCCCUUUGCCAAAGUGCCUCAGUGGCUCUUCCCGUCCGCGGAGGAAAGAGCCCUACAGGGGGAUGCCAGAAAGGAGCUGAAGGAGAAGCUGAGGCUGCACAGCAGUAAGGUGGCAGAGCCCUGUAAGCCAGUGCGCCCGCAGGUGGCCCUGCCUGAGCCGGUGGCCCAGGAGCGCUUUGAAUGCCGGGUGUGCCGACAGUGCAAGAACGGCUGUGCUGUGCAGUGCUGCACCGUUCUGGUGGAACACACUGCUCUCAGGCACAGCCUCACAGCGGGGCAGGGACUGUGCUUUGCACACAGGAUCAUCAGUCCAGAAGACAUCAAGCAGGAGGCUCAGAGAAGGCUGCAGCUCCGAAGGCAGAGUAGCUCCCCCAAUUUGCCCGUUCAGUGUUCUGGGGAAAGCUGUGAGAUGAGCAAAGCCAAAACAGCAGAGUCUGUAGAACAGUACAGUGGGGAAACAGAUGGCAAAGUCCCAUUGGGACAGAGCAAGAAAGGCCGCUGCAAAGGGAGGCUCUACAUACCCACCUUUGAGGAGUUCAAGCAAAUGAGAAGUAAGGAGGGAAAUUUAUCUGACAGCAGCAGUGGGCCAGCAGAUUGCUUGAAAAAAGGUCUGCCUGCAAACCAAACACUGGAGGAGGAAAACAGUAAAAAUGUCUGUCCAGAAGCUUUAGAGACCAAAGCUGUGAAUGAACCUGCUGUCACAGCAGAGGACGAUGAUGAUGUAUUUCAUGAAAACCACACCUCUGCUGGCUUUUCUCAAAACCCAUCUACAUGGGAUGGUUUCAAGAUGAGCAGACCUGAGGUGAAAGACAGAACCUGCCAGACCUCCAUCCCAGACACAUCAGCAGUCCCUAUUUGCUCCAGUCCUAUUCCACGAUCACCUCUACAGGCAGGAGCAGCACAUUGUGCUGGGCAGGAGAUCUUCAGUGAUGAGCAGCAGAAGGGAGGGACAAGACAAUUAAAUGAUGUCCUCCACCUUGCAGGGCAGUCGCUGGCUUCUGAAGCUCAGUCCUCUUGCUGUUCAUCGCUGCUGUUAGAAGCCACAGACUUAUCCAGCUAUGGAGCUAAGCUGCAAAAAAUGAAGGAUGAAUUCAUAGGUUCAGCCUUGGAACUUAUUAAGAAAAGCUGCAAUGCUGAGACUGCUGCCAAAUCCCCCUCCAAGGGGCGGUGUGAUCUGAAGGAAGCUGAUCUCCCACCUCUGGAGGACAGCCAGCAGCCCACAGCGAUGUCUAUGGCAACAGAGACCUGGGAGGACAAGCCAAGCAAGGAGACAUCCAGUGAAACUCCACCUGCAGGGAAUACCCCCAGUCCCGCCUGUCGCCGAUCCAGCUCCGACAUUGUCCAUGAGAGCACGGAUGGUGCCAAGGCCCAGCGGGAGUGCCGGCUGCGGCCACACUUCAGUGACCCGAUGCCGGCAGACUCGGUGAAGAGGAAGCAGCUGGAGCUGAAGAUCGCGGCCGCGGCGCGGCAGCACGCGCAGAAGCGCCGGCAGGAGCGAGACUAUGGUCCAGUGGUAGCAAAAGCCAACCUUGGCCACGGUGGCAGCUUUGAUGAGACCCGACGCACCCCACGGCGCUUCCUCCGCUCCAGACAUCACUGGAGCAACGUCAGCAGUCUGAGCACGGACAGCGGGAUUGUUGGUGUGAAUGAUGCCCGGGAUGACCUGGAUCCCACUGAGGCCACCCGGACCAAGUCAGCGGAUGUGGAGAGGGCAGACAGUGGCAUUGGCCAGAUGCCAGCUAGGAAGUGGAGGAGCAGGGCAUCUGAAACGCUGAGCUCCCUGCAGGCCUGGGAAGCCCACCGUCCCUGCACUGACUGUGGAGAGAGGGACCUCCCGGUGGAGACAGAUGUUCAGAACUGCAACCAGAGGCGGGCUGAUCUCUGCGAGAAGUGCCGCAAGCGCAGGACGGAGCGCAAGGAGUCUGUGCUGGAAUUUGUCAACACAGAGGCCAGCUAUGGAGAGGACCUGCGCAUCAUCAAAGAGGAGUUCUACCUCCCCAUGCAGGCAGCUGGGCUGCUGAGCCAGGAGCAGCUCCAGGGCAUCUUCAGCAACAUCCAGGAGCUCAUUGACCUCAAUGAGAAUUUCCUGGAGAUACUUCAGGAAGAGAUCGAUCAGGCCUUUGACCAGGGGGACGAUGACCUGAUGACGGUGUGCAUUGGAGAAAUAUUCCUGGAAUUUGUAAACAUGCUGCCAGCCUUUCAGACAUACUGUCUUCAGCAGUCCUCCUCUGUGAAUAUGCUCAACGCUCUGGAGAAGGAGAAGGAGUUGCUCAGAAUAUUCCUCAAUGUCUCCCAGAAUGACAACACAGCGCUGCGGCGGAUGAACCUGAGGUCCUUCCUGAUGGCCCCUUUGCAGAGGGUCACCAAGUACCCCCUGCUGCUCAGCAGAAUCAUCAAGGCCACCACCGAGUACCACCCAGACCACGGCAGCCUGCGGGAGGCCAAGAGCCGCAUCGAGUCCCACCUGGAGCACAUCAACAUGAAAACCAAGCAGGAGGGCAACACGUGGACCCUCCGAUCCUUUCGCCAGGACAGCAAGAAGAAGAGGGAAGUCAUCAACAUCGAGAUGAGAGAAGCUGCCCUCAAAACUGUCGGCUGGCUGCGGGAGGAAACGCGGUUUGUGAUGGAGGGGCCUCUGCAGCUGGCCCAGCCCCCCGACGGCCAGUGGGUGAAGAAAGGCAGCAAGACCCUGAAGUUCCAGAAUAUGCAGGUCCUCCUCCUGGUGAACGUGAAGCGUGUGUCCGAGUCCAGCCUGGAAUCAGCUGAGCCAGGGCCUGUGAAGGACGCAGUGCUGGUGCUCAUCAGGGACAAAAAUAACGGGAAGUUCCAUUUGCUCAGGGAGCCCUUGAGGCUGAGUAACUGCAUCGUCUCCACUGACCCCGACUGCGACGACACCUUCGAGCUGAUGGAGAUCCGGCGGGAGGCGUUUGUGUUCCGGGACAGCGACCGCGCACGGACUCACCACUGGUUCCGGCAGAUCCGGCGCUACUCCAGGGAGCUGGGCUCCUGGAAGAAGCGGCGGAACGCGCUGCCCAACAUCAUGAUCAGCGCUCCUCACACCAGGCCCUGAGCCCUGCUCGGGCAGUGCCACGUGCAAGGACCGUCGAGAGCCCCAGUGGCCUGAACUUGCUCCAUGGACGGCACGGGGAGGAGCCUGGUCCCCAAAGACUCUUACCAGCACAGGAAACAAACACCACAGCCUGGUGCUGGUCUCCCACCUCUGGACUCACAAUAGUUUGUGUCUCAUGUACGUUCAGAGGUGGGCUCCCCUCGAGGAGAUCACCGAAGGAUAAUAAUUUAACUUGUUAAUGUUGCACUGCAGGAGAAUGAUGUAUGAUGCUUGCCAUUGCAUGGAUCGUGUUGAAAGCCAGUCUUGACAAUGAGAGAGGUUUCCACUAUUGACUGUAUUUCAUCAGCAUUAGGUAAAGUCUGGGAACUCAGCAAAAUUAGGUGCAGUAUUGCAACAGAGGAUGAAAGCUGAAAAAAAUUAUGUUUUCCACCAUUACUCCUAAGGACUAUGUCUCACUAUUCACCUCUGUAUAUUCAGUCAAAACAGUUGUUUAAAAAGAAAGGCCUUUCAUAUUUAAUCCAAAUCAAGUAGGUAUCAAUUUGCUCAGAUUCAGCUGCAUGCACACAGAAAAAAAAAAAAAAAAAAGAAAAAGAGCCAACACAUAAACCCCACACAUGUGUAGAACCUGUGGAAGAGCAGCACACUCCCAGUGAGAGUCUGUUAUUUAACUGACUUGGGGACUGGAAAAUAAUGCUGCAUCUGAAAUAUCUCAGAAGUAUAUGUAAAUACA